AUGUCUGCUAGAAAAUCAAGUGACAACCCUAUUUCUGUUAAUUUUAUAAAUGUUGUUUCUCAAGUUCGUACCAAUAAAUAUCCUCCAGAAUCUAACAAUAUAGAUCCUAUACCAGAAAAUAUGAAUCAAAAUAAUUCGUCCAAUACCAAUAAUAGCGCUAUUCCUCCUUCAGAUACUAGAAAAGGCAUUGAUGCUGCUACUACUAAUAAUAAUAACUCCAUUACGGAA